AGGAGGCAGUACAUGGAGAGGUGUGAGGCAGAGGGCUGUGCACUUGGCUGCUUCUCUCCACUCCUCUUUAUUACUGUAGAAUAGACUGAACGCUUGGAUUGCUGGGAAGAAAGGAUAAAGGGAUUGUGUCAGUGUGUAUGGAGCCAUGAAGCAGACCCCCCUCACCUCUUCACAGCCCCCCAUGUACACCAAGCUUCUGGCGUAAUGAUCUUGGAUCUUCCCCGGCACCGAGAACAUGGAUGACAAGUCCAACAAGCUGCUGGUGGCCCUGGUCAUAGUCUUUCUGUUCGCUGUGAUCGUCCUGCAGUAUGUGUGCCCGGGCACUGAAUGCCAACAGCUCAGGCUACAAGCCUUCAGCUCUUCAUUGGUGGACCCCUACUGGGCUGAAGAUGACAGCCCUGCCAAAUUUAUGCCCAAAUUCAAUUUCACCGUGGACGACCUGCUGAGGAAGGUGGACUUCAACAUCAAUGGGGACGAUCUGAUUGUGUUCCUCCACAUCCAGAAGACUGGGGGCACCACGUUUGGUCGCCACCUGGUCAGGAACAUCCGUCUGGAGCAGCCUUGUGAGUGUAAGGCUGGGCAGAAGAAGUGCACCUGCCAUAGACCGGGCAAGAAGGAGACAUGGUUGUUCUCAAGGUUCUCUACUGGAUGGAGCUGUGGGCUGCAUGCGGACUGGACAGAACUCACCAACUGUGUCCCUGCAGUGGUGGACAACAAGAAGGAGGUCAAGAUGAGACCCCUGAGGAACUUUUACUAUAUAACAAUCCUACGUGAUCCUGUUUCCCGAUACCUUAGUGAAUGGAGACAUGUCCAGAGAGGAGCUACUUGGAAGGCCUCCCUCCAUGUAUGUGACGGAAGAUCCCCAACAUCUGAUGAGCUGCCCAGCUGUUAUACUGGUGACGACUGGUCCGGCUGCUCUUUGAAAGAGUUCAUGGAUUGCCCUUACAACUUAGCCAAUAAUAGACAAGUGCGCAUGUUGGCCGAUCUGAGUUUGGUUGGAUGUUAUAACCUAUCUGUUAUGCCCGAGGAUCAACGGAACAAGGUUCUCCUUGACAGUGCAAAGGAAAACCUUAAACGCAUGGCUUUCUUCGGCCUUACAGAGUUCCAGAGGAAGACUCAGUAUCUCUUUGAAAAGACUUUCAACAUGAACUUCAUUUCUCCUUUCACUCAGUUCAACAGCACGAGAGCUUCAAGUGUCGAAAUAGACGAUCAGACACAAAAGCGAAUAGAGAUCUUAAAUUUUCUAGAUAUGGAAUUAUAUGAAUAUGCAAAAGACCUUUUCUUACAAAGAUACCAAUUUAUGAGACAGAAAGAACACCAGGAAGCGCGGCGGAAGCGCCAGGAGCAACGUAAAAUUUUACGGGCCAAACAUGCUAAUCAUAAAAUGGAGAUGGACAACUCAUCCUCUGAUUACAUAGGAAAUGUGGAAAAAUGGCGGUAGUGGGUCUUACAGUCUUAGAUAACUAGAUGAACUGUACUGUAUAAUAAUAUUUAAAAAAAAAUGUAAAAAAAAAAAUUAAAAAUUAGGGGAAGAUUUAUUCCAAAAGAUUUCAAGCUUCGUAUACACUUGAAGUCAACAAUGUUUAUCAGUUGCCUUUGCAGAUGCCUUUGCAUUCAUUGUAAUUAUUGUACAUGGGGAUAGAUUAAUCUCGAUGUGACCUGUGACGACUGGUUAUAAAGCCGAUGUGCAGCCACUUUUUUCUAGACCCUUUAUUGAAGAAAUAUCCAAUUGGCAUUCGGAAUGCCUGUGACUGUCUUGGUGUGCAAAAUCAAUACCUAUUUCCAGCAAUGUACAGUAUGUACUGUAUGUCUACAAAAAUCUUGCAUCUGUCUAGUCUCAGAAGGGAAUUGAGUUUUUACUAUUUGUUGCAAACCUUUUGGGAAAUCUAUGUACAAAAUAAUGUAAUUUACGUUUCCAUGCAACAUUAUGAUGUAUAGAAGGACCUACAACCCAACCACAAUUACCUAAAAUCCCUUAAAGGCUUGAAGUAAGAUAAAAUCCUUUUUCUUCUUGGUUGAUUAUAGGAAAUUCAUCUGUAAGUGACUCAGUAGGAUAACCAACAGGACUUGUAAGGUCCUACAAAAUAAGUGCUAUGGCUACUUUGUGACAAGGAAGAUAUUAAGUCCUUGUUGGCUGGCAGUGCUGUGUCCAGACAAGCAGCAGGUCCAAGAUACCUGAUUAUGUUGUAUCGGAUGAUAGGCACAGGUUUAUAGAUGGCUAAAUAUGUUGCGGCCAGAUAGGUAGUAAUUUCUUUAAGAUUGUAUAAUGAAUUUUAAUUGGUCAAAUGGCUCAUCCAGAGAGGAGAUUGGUGUUGAUGUGGUAGUAGUAAACUUAAAGACAGGAACUUAAGGCAUUAAAACUUCCCAGCGUUAGGAAUAAUCUUCGGGACAUCCUGCAUAUAUACACUUUGGGAGGAAACCCUUAUAUCUUAUAUGUGACUCAUGAGGAAGGAGGGUAUCUCCCCAGUCUCCCCAAUGAGUGAUCAGUGGCUUUAAUGAGACACAUCACCAUUAAAGGGGUACUCUGCCUCUAGACAUCUUAUUCGCUCAUCUUAUCCCCGCUGGGGACCCCCGCUAUCUUGGCUGCGGCACCCCAGACAUCCAGUGCCGGAUGACUAGUGAUGCAGGGCGGAGGCUCGUGAUGUCAUGAUGGCCAUGCCCCCUCAAUGCAAGUCCAUGGGAGGGGGUGUUACGGCCAUCAUGCCCCCUCCCAUAGACUUGCAUUGAGGAGGCAUGGCUGUGACCAUGACGUCACAAGCCUCCAGUACUGCACCCGAAGCCCCAAAAGAACACCGGGUGCAGGGGAUAAGAUGGAUAGGGGAUAAGAUGUCUAGGGGCAGAGUACUCCUUAAAUCCUUUCAACAUACAAUCUGGGCUCAUAGCGUUUAAUUCUUGAUUAGAUAAGAAGAAAGUCAAGACGAGUAGAUAUUAAAUUACCUCAAGGGCCUGCUUUUAGCCUGUUACUACAAUUUUUGAAAUGUGGAUGUUGGACAGAUCUGGUGAGCUUCUGUACAGGUUCUCUGUGUAUAUACAUGGAUUCAGUGUUGGCGAGGUCUAUCCACUCUUUCGGCUUGAAUGUUCUAGAUGGCUCGAUGGUGACCUCUAGUUGGCCAAAUACGAUGCUGUGAUGAUUCCUGGAUGUGAACUUAUAUUAAUAACUAGACAAUGGAUUCUAGAGGACUGACCAGAUUGUGUCCAGCUAGUUCACUAGAUGUAUAUGUUUUUUUUCCCCCAAAGGUGGAUUAUAGUUUUCCAGAUGAGUAAUGGGUUCUAGAUAUGUAAUGAGUUAAAAAACAUUCUGGAGAACCUUUGGGUACCUUUUAAGAACUUCAAUAUGUAAUGUACAAUGUAAAAAAAAAAAAAAAGAUGGACAUCCGUUUAUAAUAUAUAUUUGUCCUUCUCAAAAGAAGGUAAUAGAGUAGUAAUAAAUAGCUAAUGUUCAGGUAGAACUGAUCAAACACAAUGUACAGAGACUGAUUUUUUACAGGGAACUUCCGCACAAUGUUGUCGUUAGGUUCACAAUUAUGUGCUGAUUUAGCAACAUGUGAGGGGGGGGGGGGAUUCAUCAAGCUGUCUAAGGGCUCAUUCACACUAUAGAAUUUCUGAGAGGAGAAAUUCCACUCGGCAAUUCCGGCACAGCAGCUUCCCGAUUGUUUUCAAUGGAUUCUGCUGAAUCUUGCACACCAUGCACACUGCUGAAUUUCCAUGGCAGAAAAUUCUGCCGCAAAAAUUCAAAUUCCCAACUCUGCUGAAAGAGUGAUGUCCGAGCAGUCCUAAAGCCAAAUGAUUCAGUGAGCGUCCGCAGUACCAGGCAGAGAUUCCGUUAUGUGAACCUAUCCUUAUAGUAAGAUUCUCUUUGUUGCAUAUAGCAACCAAUCAUAGCUCAGUAUAACCUGAGUUCUGAUUGGUUGCUAUGGACAACAAAGAGCAUCUUACUAUAAGACAGCUUAAUACAUCUCCACUAUAGUGUUUUGACACUUGGUAAUCUCGUGAUCACUGGGUCCAACAAAGACUGUCGCUAUUCACAACAUAGCACUCGUUGAAUUUCAUAAAAACUGCAACACGUAAGAGAAUAUCAUUCACUUCUAUCUUUUCUUUGGGACAGCCCAAUUUGCUUUUCCUAGAUUUCAGGUGCAAGAGCUUUAAUGCCAUGACAUACAUCUACUACAGCAUGGGUUUGAAGCCCAGAACCAUGUGGUGUACAUGUAUGGCACAUGGUCAUAAAUGGGGAAACAUAGCUUCAUCAAACCCACUGCUCAGACACCUAGAACAUAGCAUUCUAGCUGCCUGCAGUCACCACAAGGGGAGCUUAGGAGUAUGUCACAUACUGUUUUAUUAUUGAGUUCAAUGAAAAAUUGUCUGUAAUAUGCUCCUCAGCUCCUCCUAGUGGCAUCUGUAGCCAGCCCGAAAGUUACCUUUUGAACCUAUGAAGAUUUUGUGCUCUGUAUCAGAAACAAUAAAGCUCAGAUUGCUAUAAAAUAUGUGAAAAUAUCUGAAAAUAAAUCAGCACAGAAUUAUGAACCUACUGUGACAAUAAAAAAUGGUGUUCAAAAUUUGUGUUACCUUCAGGAUACACAUAAUACAAGUAAACAACAGCAUAAUGGAAAUUGAAAGAAUAAUCAUUUCAUAUCGCAUCCCAAUAUAUUUUGUAUUUAUAAUUUAGUCUCCCAAUAGUCAAAAAAUAAAGAACAAAAAAUGAUGACUACUGAUGACUUGAGGACAGCCAUUUUUAUGGAUUUAAUAUCUUUACCAGAGAAUGCAACAAAAGAAUGAAACUUCUGAGGUGUAAGACACAACGUGCCUCAUGUCUCAGGAAUCUUGACGGUUUCAGAAUUCUUGUGAAGACUUGCUCGAUCUAUUUCUGCCUACACUGUUGAGGAUAACUUGUAGGCUUUACCGUGUGAGAUUUAGUUUAAGUAAUCGCUACAGAAGAAUGUGUACAUUGUAAAUUUCUUAUCAAAAGGGCCAUAAUGUAUAUAUAUGAAUUCACGGUGCGCAGUUAAGGCAUCUAACUGACGGCUGUGUCGAAGAAGCUAAGUGUCUGAGCGAGACACAGAGGAGCAAGUGAACAGCAACAACACAACGGAACUUCAUGCAAUUAUGUUCUUUACCGCUGAACUGGAAUUGUCAAUAAUGUGCAUUGAAAUAAAAAAAACUUAAUUUGUUUCUUAAGAUG